AUUCGCUGCAGGUUGAUGGAUAGGACGGGCAACGGGUAUCAAACCUUGAUGGAAAGUACGCGGGAGUUGUCGCCGAUUCCGCAUGCGAAUGCAUCAGUGCACCAGCUCGAAACUAGCUCUAUCACCCUCGGAAGUGCUUCUGAAACGGGCCAUGACGAAGGAAUCCCUAUGACAGCAGAAUGGAGCGACGAAUCCCGCGAUCUCAAACGUGGACGCGACUCGAGUGACGAUGUGGUCAAUCAUCAUCCAAUCGAAGGGCCAAAUCCCUCCAUGAGGUCUGCUCGAAACCCCGGCGAGACAUGUUCAGGUGGUCCGAACGACCUCACAACGAACGCUGCGUCUGGAGCCUCGAAGAGUGUGCUUCCAGGGUCGAACUUGCCAGGGAUUUCAGGAGCGAAGCGUCAACGAACUGAAAUGGAGAGUGCAGCACUGAAUCGGGUUGAAACCCUGCGACGUGAGCUGGAAGCGGCUCGACUUCUCGAAGCGCGCAUGCGCCACAAGCAUGAAAUGGAGUUGGCAGACAAGGAUGCCGAACUGGAGAAGAUCAAACGGCGCCUCAAGCUUACGAUGACCGAAGAAAGCGAGACUCAAGCAAAUUAUCGCCGAGCGAAGACUGAACUCUUUGAACUGCGACAAGCCCAAGACUCCCUUCGCCUCGAAUUCGAUGCUGCAUUGCAGAACAAGGACGAUCAUGUCGAAGAGUUGCAAGAUCACCUUCGGUCAAAGGAGGAAGCAUUCAAGCGUGCGGAGAUCGAAGCACAGCAGAAGAUCUCGUCCCUCGAGGAGAAAUUAGCCCUCGUGGCAGCGCAAGCCGAGCCAUCAUCGUUGCGAUCGUCGGUGGUGCAAUCGGAGGUCCGUCUCCUUCGCGAACAACUUGCAGAAAAGACGAUUCUCGCUACGAAUGCGAUGGAAAGGCUGAAAGCGGCCGACGAGACGAUCAAGGAAGCCAAUGACAUUCGUGAGUUGCGCCGGCGUCUCGAUGAGCUGGAGCGCGCAGAAGGAAAACAUCUUGAAGAGCUUCGCCAUUUGCGACACCAACUCAAGAGCCAUGCUGCAUUGGAAGAGAAGGUUGCGAGUUUAUACCGUGCGCAAGAACUGUCGGAGCAACAACUUCAAGAGGCGUUUGCCAUUCGAGCGGUGCAUGACGAUUUAGUCGAAGAACAAAAACAAUGGAAGGCUGUGUUUGAGCCCGUGUUUGCUGACCCCAAAAAAGGCAUCUCGGAAAAGCUCGCGGCUGAACACCCCGCGAAAGCCAUAUGCCAGUUAUUUGCGAUCCAACAGCAUGAUUUGGAAACACUGAUCGACGAGCGACAUCAACUGGAGCGCCAAGUCCAGUCAUUGCAAAGUACGGUGGACGCCAUGACGAAAGAGCAAUUGACGUUGCAAUCGACUAUUGCUCAACUCGAAGCCACCGACGCUGAUCGAAUGGAAAAGAUGAACGUGACGGCGCGGUCAGCCUCUCGCCUCCAAAACACAAACAGCGACUUGAUUACAUUGCUCAAGUCCUUUGAAGCCACUGGUGGCGGGUCCGACGACCAACUGGCGCUCGUCCAACAACUGGAAACGUCCCUCAAGAACGCCGAAGAGACGAUUGCGACCCUCCAAGUCACUCAGCAAACGCUGCCAUCGCCCGCAUUGCUGGCGAAAACGAAAGGUCGAGUCACCGAGUUGGAGGAAGCCCUCCGUCAAGAAAAGAUGACGUCGCUACAGCUUCAAGCGCACCUGGAGCAGGUGCAAGCAAACGCAGCUCUCGUUGAACGCAGGUUGGCCAAGGGCGCAGUCAACCAAGACUCGACCAAAGUGUUGCCACUUUCUACGAACCCCAUGAGCGCAUCCAAAUCAAAGCUAGAGACUGCCGAAAUGGCCGAACUACGCAGGGAAAACGAGCGGCUCAAGGAAAUUGUGCAAAAUGUGAACGUGCAAACGCCUGGUCCAAAAACGAUUCUUCCGACGCCGAUGAAAAGCGCGUCGACGUCACACGACACCAUCGAGGGUUUGCAAAAGAUGAACCAGCGGCUAAAAGAAGUGUUCCGAGAACAAAUUGCCAAGUACCGCGACGCUGUGUACCAAUGCACGGGGUACAAGGUCGACCUCAAGUACCCCGAGUUGCUGCUUCGAAGCAUUUACGCUGAAAAUGAAGGCGACGAGAUCAAGUUUCAGUUCAACAACGGCGAGUUGGAGCUGCUUGAGACGCCGUUCGUCGCUGGACUGGAUCAGCGCAACAUGGCGUACUUGACCAUCUGCAACUCGAUUCCGGCCUUUCUCAGCGGCGUCACUCUAGCGCUGUUUGAAAAGCAAACGUACCAGGGGAACUGACAAAAAGCGACGCAGGAAUAACGUGGAUGAACUGAUGGAUUACUUGGC